ACUCUCCACACACUCGUGCGAACGACAUGCGCCCAGCUGUCGCACAGUGCAGUCAUGUACAGCACAUAUGCUCCAGAGUUGGGUGGAGAACCUUAUCGUGGCGCAUAUGAGGCAGGCAAGCAAGCGGUGCUCUACGCCACCUUUCCAGGCACACCCUUGGUGAAGUCAGAGGGCGCAUCUUAUCCCAUCGCCCGUUUCAGAGAUCUGAUCAGGCCCGGCCAGGGCUCGGAAAGUAGUCAGGAGCACAUACCAAAGUCCGGUUCCUUCACUCAUAACAUGCACGACACCCGCUGCUGCUACCCGUCUGCCGGCUCCUGAUCGAUUCAUGUUCCACUUUACUGCUUACGCCAAUCUGGUUCCAACCGUUUGCGCGACCACGAAAGCCACCACGAAUACGAAAUGGCGCCUAUAGCCGAUGCUAUCUUUGCCAGAGAGGAUCCAGCAAAACUGGCUGCCGCGUUGGGCAUACCACCAAAUGUAGAUCCAAGACCAAUACUCCUUGCGCUUCCGGGAAUGAUGGGCGAUGCUGUACCGCCAGGAGCGGAUAGAACGAUGACGGUGGAUUCGCCAGAUCAAAAUUGGUUCCUGAUUGUCGCGAUCCUCUGCAUUGCCUUUGCCGGGAUCUUCUUGAUAGUACGAGUGUAUACUAAGCUAGCGAUUGUGAGGUCCUUUGAGCUUGCGGACUACUUCCUGUUCAUGACUUUUCCUCUCAUCCUAGCAGAAGUGGGUAUUGGCUACCAGAUGGUCAAGUGGGGAUCUGGUGUACACCAAUGGCAGGUUACAAAUGACCAGUUAUUCCAUCAGCUUUAUUGGGCAAAUCUAGGACAGAUAGUAUACUGUCCAUUGAGUUUCUUCGUAAAGAUGGCAAUCCUGGUCCAAUAUCUUCGCCUGUUCGCGCCUAGUCGCAGCGUCAACCGGGCUAUGUUCUUCGGAGCUUGGGGCACAAUAAUCUCGUGCAUCAUACUAUACACAGUCUUGAUAUUCUGGACCGCAUUUUACUGCCAUCCAAGGAAGGCCAUCUGGGACAAGCUUACUCCCGAUGCGAAGUGCUCCGAUGUGAACGACAUCACACUGGCACAAGGUGCUUUCAACAUGGCCUCCGAUAUCAUCAUUCUGGUACUCCCUACGUCUGGAUUGUGGUCACUGAACGUACCCUUGGGUCGCAAAAUUGCCGUCACAUUGUUAUUCGCUACGGGUCUGCUUGCAUGCAUUGCAUCGGCUAUGCGCAUUGUUUUCACAGUCAAGAUCGCUCCUGUAAUUACCCAGGCAGACGUCUCGCACAAUGCACUUUUCAUAGGGCUUUGGACUGAAACCGAAUGCACACUCGGAUUUGUGGUCGCAUGCGCCCUAUGUCUCCCCAAAUUGAUCCAGGCCAAAGGCAAGAAGCUCAAGCGUGCAAUUUCCAAAGCCUCAUCUCCCUUCAACUCUCUACGCAGUGGCCUGAGCAACAUGUCCCGAAGCGGCACCUUCAACCUAUCUCGAGGCGAGAAAUCUCGGAACAACACCAUGAACAAUUCACGAAACGAUACUAUGCAGAGCACUUCGCGCAACAGCACACAAAUGCCACAACCGCCGAAUCAAUUUGUUGAAAUGAACCAACUGCAACAAAGCCCACCCUCCAUGAGCGAGGAGUUCGACCUACCUCGCGAGCAUCGAUACACCCACCUCGGUCCACCAUCAUCUGGCAGCAGCAUGUAUUCACAGUCUAUGGGGCCCCAGUCUGCUGCUCCAACUCCUGGGAUUAGCAGAGACAACAGCACGAAGACUGUGCCGAAGCCGCUGAACGUGCCAUUGGCAUCAAGCAGCGAUAUACAUGAAAGUAUACGAAGUCCGACGAAUCGGAUAACAAGGGACUAUAUGAGCCCUGAGCAGCUAAGAGAGGAGAUUCAAACGUUGCAGGCAUUCAAGUUUGAUCCCAGUAAGCAAAGCAUGGAAAGUCUGGCGCAGCGGAGAAGAAGUAUACCCUUUCAGCAUUAUCAUGAGCAAUGA